AUGUCGGUGUUAGCACUCCAAGAGUACGAGUUCGAGAGGCAGUUUAACGAGGAGGAGGCCAUCCGAUGGAUGCAGGAGAACUGGAAGAAGUCCUUCCUCUUCUCUGCCCUUUAUGCCGCCUGCAUCCUCGGCGGCCGCCAUGUCAUGAAGCAACGGGAGAAGUUUGAGUUGAGGAAGCCUCUAGUACUCUGGUCCCUCACACUCGCUGUUUUCAGUAUAUUUGGUGCCGUCCGCACUGGAAGUUAUAUGACAUACAUUCUCAUGACCAAAGGGCUUAAACAGUCAGUUUGCGACCAGAGCUUUUACAAUGGACCUGUCAGCAAAUUCUGGGCCUAUGCGUUUGUGCUAAGCAAAGCGCCAGAACUGGGCGACACUCUGUUCAUUGUACUGAGGAAGCAGAAGCUGAUUUUCCUGCACUGGUACCACCACAUCACAGUGCUGCUGUACUCCUGGUACUCAUACAAGGACAUGGUGGCUGGCGGGGGAUGGUUCAUGACAAUGAACUACCUGGUGCACGCCGUCAUGUACUCUUACUACGCGUUGCGGGCGGCUGGAUUCAAAGUGUCGCGAAACUUCGCCAUGUUCAUCACUCUGACGCAGAUCACCCAGAUGCUGAUGGGCUGCGUGGUCAACUAUCUUGUCUACUCCUGGAUGCAGCAGGGCCAUGAGUGCCCGUCGCACAUGCACAACAUUGUAUGGUCCUCGCUUAUGUACCUCAGCUACUUCGUGCUCUUUGUUCAGUUUUUCCUGGGGGCCUACGUGGGCAAGAGCAAAACGCCCGCUACUGUGAAGAAGACUGAGUAG